AUGGCAACAGCCGACGUCGAUGCGGGCUUGUCCAGCGAGCAGUACCCCAUGGCUGCCGAUCUGCGCAAGAUGGCGAGGGCGCACCCCCUUCCAAUGGUACCACCGGGCACUGUUGAUCUUUCUGCUAUGGCCGGCGACCAGGCCACCAAGCAGGCCCGCACUGUGCUCGACGCCCUCCUCGCCGCCCUGACCGCCAUGAUGCUGACGCUCGUUGCGAACUGCUUCUUCCCGGGCCAGGCAUACUGGAAGGACUCGCUGGCGCUCACGCGGCACUUGCGCACGUGCACGGGGUUCAGCGUCAUUGCUGCGGCCUUGCUGCAGACGAAGAACCUUCGAGAGACGGCCGGGGAAAUCAAACUUGAGGACGCCGCCCAGUUCAUCCCGGUCACCCCUGUUCUUUCAAGUACGGGCGACAAGCGCACCAUGUACGCCUACAACCUAGGCAUCGAGGCAGCGGACCGGCAGUUUGUGCCGCUGCCGACUUGGGUCGAGGCGCAGCUCAUCCACGGCGGUCUAUCACACAGGGUGUCGCAGGAGCCGGACCGGCACGCCGCGCUGGCCGCCGCCGGCUUCCCCGACCUCGAUAGCCGCCACCCGGACGCCGUCAUGGCUCACCAUUUUUUCGAGCGCGCGGGCGGGCACUACAUCGACACCGGCGCCACCGGGCUCGUGGCCGAGGAGAAGGUCAGUCUCAGGGUCGGCGUGCAGCCCGAGACGGGCCUGCGCUUCUCGGACGGCAGCACCGUUGACUGA